AUGGUGUGGAAAGUGCUGCCAAUCGCCCCCCCUUGGUUGUUGAGUAUGUCCGAGAACCAAAAGGUCGAUGACAAACGAGCUGUCCAUUCAUCAACCCUCACCAGUAUGUCGUCCGAGUCGAUGGCCUUGGCGGCGAUUUUCGCUGCUUUGAGGUCACCGGAAAGGGCUAAGAAGGCACUAGCAGCACGUGAACUGUACGACACCGUGAUGGCGUUUUCGCGGGAGUCCCCGCAGAAUUCAGUGCGACUAAACCAGGAAAUCAACAAGCAAGUUUACGAUCUAAUUCACUCAAGUGAGCCUUCAAACAGAUUAGGUGGUGUCAUUGCAGUCGAUAGAUUGACGAAUGUCGAUACACCAGGCGUCGAAGGAAACUAUCAAUCCACGCGGUAUGCUACCUACUUGCGCACGGCUAUUCAAACCCCAGACUAUGAGGUCAUGAAGGCUGCCGCCGCGGCAAUUGGUAAAAUGACCCAGACAGGAACGCUUGGUGGUGACAUUGUAGAGGCCGAAGUCAACCGUUGUAUAGAAUGGCUCUCUACUGACCGGCAGGAGGUUCGCCGACAAGCUGCCGCAUUAGAGAUCAGAGCUAUCGCCAAGGCGUCCCCAGCACUCAUGUUUGGCUUCAUCAGCAGUGUUGUGGAGGCUCUUUGGAGCGGCAUUCGCGAUCCUAAAAUUGCAAUUCGUCAGGAUAGCGUCGAUGCUUUGGGUGUUUGUCUGGACAUUGUUCUGGAACGUGACCAGGCUAUCAAAGACAACCUGUACUCGGCUGUAUUCAAUGAAGCCGCUGGCGGCUUAAAAUCGAAUAUUACCGAGCAUAUCCAUGGCGCUUUGCUGGUGUACAGAGAGCUUCUACUUCAUACAGGCUCGUUUAUGCAGUCCAAGUUCAAUCAAACGCUUGAGGCUACAUUAAAGUUAAAAGACAACAAGGAUCUCGUUAUCCGACGUACGGUCAUCGAGAUUCUUCCGGACUUUGCCAGUUUCAACCCGGCAGAGUUUACAAAGUCUUAUUUAAAUGAGACAAUGUCUUUGUUUAUGAGUCAACUCUCUUCAAAAUCGUCUUCAGACAAAAGCCUGGCCUUCGUAUCUACAGGCAAACUUUCUUUGGCAGUUAGCACUAGUAUGGCUCCUUAUUUGGGACGAAUUCUAGAGUAUCUCCGAGAAGCUCUUGGUGCUAAGGCUCGCAUCCGCCGUGAACUUGAGGGCGCGGUGUUUAAAUGCCUGGGGAUGUUUGCACAAGCAUUUGGUCAGGCAUUCACAAAGUUCGUGGAUCGGUCAUUUUUGGAUCUCAUGUUCAAUUGUGGAUUGACUCGCCCUCUUUAUGAAUGUUUGCAGAGCCUGUAUGCGUACAUUCCGGCACUGCGUGAGGAAAUCAGUGAUCUCCUGCUGGACAUUAUUAGCCAUGCUCUUUCUGGUUAUAGCUAUAAGAUUCCAGGAAGUCCCAACUAUUCAAUGAGGGUCUCUGAAUCUCUUGCUCGUGAAUAUCGUGAAAGUAUGCUUGCUCGUAUAGGCGGAGACAUGACUGAUACGGAGACAUUGACCAAUCUCAUUUUGAUUUUAUCUGAGUUUGAUUUCAAAGAUAGAAUGUUGGCCACUUUUUGCAAGGAUUGCGUUAUCAAGCACACAUCUAACCCUGAUUCCAGAGUCCGCAAAGCUGCAGCCAUUACUUGCUGCCGUAUUUUUAUCAAGGAGCCUAUUUCCACGCAGGUCAGCGUCAACGCACUAGAAACUGUGCAUGUUGUUUUGGAGAAGCUCCUGACUGUUGGGGUUACCGACACAAGCAGUGAUAUUCGUCUUGAAGUUUUACAGGCAAUGGGCCCCAAGCUGGAUCCUCACCUCGCUCAGCCGGAACAUAUCAAACUGUUAUUUAUGGCAAUGAACGAUGAGCUUUUUGCAAUUCGUCAGGUUGCGGUGAGCAUCUUGGGCCGUCUGUCCAAAAUAAACCCAGCAUAUGUUAUUCCCACUUUGCGCAAAACGAUGAUCGAGUUGUUGACCAACAUGGAGUACUCUUCCAACACUCGGUAUAAAGAAGAAAGUGCCAAACUGCUUUCGACGCUCAUGACGUCUUCAAAGACUCUCAUCAGUCCUUAUGUUGACCCCAUCCUCAAAGUUUUGCUUCCAGCAGCCAAAAAUGCUACUGUAUCUACCGUUACAUCGAGUAUUAUGGAUGCUGUUGGGGAGUUAAGUCCUGUUGCUGGCAAGCAAAUGCUCAAUUACGUUGAUCAGAUUAUGCCCGUGGUUGUCGAUAUGCUCCAAGACCAGGCUUCAGUUGUCAAGCGUGAUACCGCCCUGCGAACACUCGGAAAGCUUGCAUCAAACUCUGAAUAUGUUAUUGAGCCCUAUUAUCAAUAUCCCAAUCUUCUGGGAACUUUGAUCAAAAUUUUGAUUUCCGACGGCAACCAUGUGAUUCAGAGAAACACGGUUCGUUUAAUCGGUAUUUUGGGUGCGUUGGAUCCCUACAAGUAUCGCGAGGUCGAGCACGAAGCUGAUACAAACUCUGAAGGUGAAGAGAAUAACGUUUCAAUUGACGUGAAGCUGGUGCUCAAAGGAACAUCACCAUCCAAUGAGGACUAUAACCCUACAGUUGCAAUGCUUUCUCUUAUGACGCUUCUGAAAGAUCCUGCGUCGGCACCUCAGCACAAGAAUAUCAUUCAAGCAGUUGUAAACUUGUUCAGUUCACUAGGCAUGAAGAGUAUGCUGUUUUUGGACAAGGUCAUUCCGGGCCUUCUUUCUUCUUUGCACGGAAACUCUGGAGAUACGAUCGAGUUUGUUUUUUGGCAGUUGGCUAAAAUUAUUGCUGUUGUCAAGCAGCAUAUUCGCUCUUAUGUUGACGAAAUUUUCGUUGCUAUUAACGAAUAUUUUUCUGUACCUUCUCUGCAGCAGCCUUUACUUGUGGUUAUUGAAUCUUUGGCCGUCGCUUUGGAUGGAGAAUUCAAAACUUUUAUGCCUCGACUAUUGCCAUUACUGAUCGGUAUAUUACAGGCCGAUGAUGGAACCAAGUCUAAAAUUCAGGUUUUGAAUAGCCUCAGAACCUUUGGAGCAAACUUCGAAGAGUACAUCCAUCUUAUCAUUCCGAAUGUUGUUUCAUUGUUUUACUUUUCACCACAAGACCUCCGAGUAGCAGCACUAUCUUGUGUUAGUGACCUGGCGCAAUGCCUUGACUUGUCCGAGAUGGCAUCUCGUAUCAUCCACCCUUUACUCCGCGUAAUGAACUCCACGAAUGACAACAAAAUUCGAGAAGUGUGUAUGGAGACUUUGUGCAAUGUGUGUUAUCAACUAGGACCGUCAUAUGCUGUAUUUGCUGAAUCUGUUUAUCCAACAAUUCAGCGCAUUCGUGGCCAGGUAGAUGUGUCUACUUACGACAAGCUUGUUCACAGAAUUUUGAGGAAUGAGCCUCUCGCUAGCCAUUUUAACCCGUACAGAAAGCCCCUGGACACACAUUUGGACUCCACACCUGCUUCUGAACAAGGUAAGGCCGCUUUCAACCUGAAUCUUAUCCAAGCUGCUUGGGAUGCAACUGGUAGGUCGACGCGUGAAGAUUGGACAGAAUGGUUCCGCAGACUCAGUGUCGAGUUUCUCAAGGGAUCUCCUUCACCAGCCCUGAAGGCGUGUUCUAACAUCGCAACUAUCUCUACUAGUCUCGCUCGUGAUCUGUUCAACCCAAGUUUCUAUACUGUAUGGGCAAAUCUGUCAGAGAACUACAAGGAAGAUCUCAUUGGGAACAUUCAGAAUGCUAUGGCUUCUUCCAAUAUUCCUCCUGAGAUCUUGCAGACGCUGUUGACUCUUGCUGAAUUUAUGGAGCGUGAUGAUCAGCCGUUACCUCUUACACCUCGUGUGUUGGCAUCUUAUGCUCAAAAAUGUCAUGCCUAUGCUAAAGCAUUGCAUUACAAGGAACUCGAUUUUAUCAACGAUCCUUCAGCUAGCACGAUUGAGUCGUUGAUUUCAAUUAACAAUCAGCUGCAGCAAUCGGAUGCUGCUAUUGGUAUACUUAAGCACGCGCAGAACAACCACAGCUUACAGCUCAAGGAGACGUGGUAUGAGAAACUGGGUCGCUGGGAAGAUGCAUUAGCAGCUUACAGGGCCAGAGAAAAGUUGGAGCCAGACUCUAUGGAUGUCGUUAUGGGUAAGAUGCGUUGUUUGCACGCACUUGGAGAAUGGGAUCAACUUUCUAAGAUUGCUAAAGAUCGAUGGGCAAAUUCUACGAGAGAAAGCAGACGUGCCAUUGCACCUCUUGCAGCGGCAGCGGCUUGGGGAUUGGGAUCAUGGGAAGAGAUGGAUACGUACAUCAAUGUCAUGAAACCUGAAUCACCGGACCGCUCUUUCUUCAACUCGAUUCUUUGCUUGCACCGGAACAAUUUCGAAGAGACUGCCAAACAAAUCCAGAGGGCACGAGAUCAGAUCAUCACUGAGCUCACAGCUCUGGUUUCCGAAAGUUACAACCGUGCCUAUGGUGUUGUUGUACGCGCACAGAUGCUUGCUGAACUCGAAGAGAUUAUGCAGUAUAAAAUGCUUCCGGAGAAUGCUGAAGAAGACCGAGCAACUAUUAAGCGAACUUGGGAGAAGCGUCUUAUUGGUAUCCAGCAUAACGUUGAUAUUUGGCAGCGAGUACUCAAUGUCCGCACCUUGUUGAUGCCGCCUAAGCAGAAUAUGGAGAUGUGGGUUAAAUUUGCAAAUCUUUGCCGCAAGUCUAACCGCAUUGGGCUGGCAGAGAAGUCGUUGAAUCUCCUUCUCGAUGUUGAUAACGAAUCUUCUCGUGCCCCUCCUCAGGUUGUUUAUGCCCAGCUCAAGUUUAUGUGGGCUACAGGAAAUCAAAAAGAAGCACUCAAGUAUCUGAUCGACUUUACAGCCCGCAUGUCUCAUGAUCUCAAUUUAAGCAAUGACGACCUUAUUUCCCAGCCAUUGCCCUCUGAGCUUCCAGGUACCACACCAGAAAUCCUCAGUUACACCAAACUUCUUGCGCGUUGUUUCUUGAAACAGGGCGAGUGGCAAGUUGCGCUGAACACAGAUUGGAAAGAGAGCGCCGAUGAUAAGGCUAGCAUCCUGGGAUCUUAUCUUUUAGCAACACAUUUCGACCGAGGCUGGUAUAAGGCAUGGCAUAACUGGGCUUUGGCUAAUUUCGAGGUCGUAUCUUUGUAUGAGCAUUCCGUGCAGAAAGCUCUUGAUGCUGCCAACAACGAAAAUGGUAACUCCACUGAUGCUGAUGAGGAUGAUGAGAUGGAGGAUACUGAACUUGGCGGAGGAGCUGGGCCAACAGCAUUGGUACCUGGAGCUGCGGUUGUAGGAGCAGAGGGUGAAUCACACUGUGUCCAAGCUCAUGUUGUUCCGGCAAUCAAAGGAUUUUUCCACUCUAUCACGCUUGCACACAAAUCUGCGCUGCAAGAUACCCUGCGACUUUUAACGUUGUGGUUCAAGUAUGGUGGUCUUACCGAGCCGGCACGCGCUAUUAGCGAAGGAUUUGGAAUGGUUAAUCUUGAGGUGUGGUUAGAAGUUACACCUCAACUGAUUUCACGUAUCCAUCAGACGGAUGAUACUGUGCGCAAAGCUUUGCACGGGUUACUCGCUGAACUGGGUAAAAAACAUCCUCAAGCUUUGGUACAUCCGUUGCAAGUGUCCAUCAAAUCAGAUGAUCCCGCAAGUCGAGAAGCUGCUGAACACAUUUUGGAUCAGGUUCGCUCGCAUUCGUUGCACUCUUCGAUUAUUGUUGAGCAAGCAGAUAUGGUUGCCCAUGAGCUGAUUAGAGUCGCUGUACUUUGGCAUGAACAAUGGCACGAAGGGCUGGAAGAUGCUUCAAGAUACUUUUUCGUGGAGCACAAUAUCCCGAAAAUGUUUGCUACUUUGGAGCCCUUGCAUACCACCUUGGAGAAGGGACCUACAACUUUGCGUGAGAUGUCUUUCCAGACUGCUUUUGGCCGCGAUUUACAUGAUGCGUAUGAAUGGACACAGAAUUUCAAGCGUACCAAUGAUAUGGCACUUCUCAAUCAAGCUUGGGAUAUUUAUUACUCUGUUUUCAGAAGGAUUUCUCGCCAGCUACCUCAGCUUACAUCUCUUGAUUUACAGUAUGUUUCUCCAGCUUUGCAGAAUGCCAAGAACCUUGAUUUGGCUGUUCCCAGAACAUAUGAGCCCGAUAAACCGGAAAUCACGAUUGUUUCAUUUGAUCCGACGUUCGCUGUGAUUUCGUCCAAGCAACGUCCUCGGCGUUUCACCGUUCGGGGAUCAGAUGGUAAAGAUUAUCAAUACGUGCUAAAAGGUCACGAAGACAUCCGUCAAGAUUCGCUUGUCAUGCAGCUCUUCGGACUUGUCAACACAUUGCUUGCUGAUAAUGCUGAAUGCUUCAAGCGCCAUUUGUCAAUUCAUCAGUACCCCGCAAUUCCACUGUCCCCUAAAGCUGGUCUUUUGGGAUGGGUUCCUCAUUCGGACACUCUGCACUAUCUCAUUCGUGAGUAUCGCGAUGGCAAAUCCUUGCUGAAUAUUGAGCAUCGUAUUAUGAUUCAAAUGGCACCAGAUUAUGAGAACUUGACACACUUGCAAAAGAUCGAGGUCUUCACAUAUGCUUUGGACAAUACAAAGGGACAGGAUUUGUAUCGUAUCCUGUGGCUCAAGUCACGCUCUUCAGAGGCAUGGCUCGACCGUCGCACGAACUACACAAGAUCGCUCGCAGUUAUGUCUAUGGUUGGCUACAUUUUAGGAUUGGGUGAUCGUCACCCAUUGAACCUGAUGCUAGAUCGCAUCUCAGGUCGCAUUGUUCACAUCGAUUUCGGUGACUGUUUCGAGGCGGCCAUUUUGCGGGAAAAGUUCCCCGAGAAGGUGCCUUUCCGUCUAACACGCAUGCUAACAUUUGCAAUGGAGGUCUCCGGCGUAGAGGGGUCUUACCGCAUCACCUGCGAGCAUGUGAUGGCGCUACUGAGAGACAACUCGGAGUCACUUAUGGCUAUUCUGGAGGCCUUUUCUAACGACCCUUUGAUUAACUGGGGUUUCGACCUUCCCAAUAAAAAGGAUGAAGAUGAGCGCCCGGGCGAAGAAAAAGCGUCUCAAGUUGUCGCUGACGACGGCCUUACCGAGGACCAGAAGCGUGAGGCUGAAAUUCGCAACGCCCGUGCCCAGCUUGUCUUACGUCGCAUUCGCGACAAGUUCACCGGCAACGACUUCAAGCGGCACCGUGAUCUCAAUGUUCCCGACCAGGUUGAUUUGCUCAUUCACGAAGCAACAAAUAUUGAAAAUCUGUGCCAGCAUUUUAUUGGCUGGUGCUCUUUUUGGUAG